AUGGAGGAGGCGGGCGCGGCGGUGGCUGGCAGCGCCCGGCAAGGGGACAGGGCGCCCGGCAAGGGGAGGCCGCUGCAGCCGGCGGCCAAGGGGCGGGAGCUCUUCAGGAGCCCGCGGAAGGAGCCCGAGGGCUCCGUGGACUGCCCCAAUGUGGAGUUUGAGUACAGGGAUGCCGACGGCUACGCUGCUGAAUUAUCAGAACUGUACAGCUACACAGAGGAGCCGGAGUUCACCAUCAACAGAAAGUGCUUCGAAGAGGAUUUUCAAACUCAAGUGCAGGGCAAGAGAUGGCCGGAGCUGGACCUAGCGCAGCAGAAGGCCUAUGUGAUGCGGUUGCUGGAUGGGCUGGAGGUGGUCAACAGGAACAAGAGACUGAAAGCAGCACGAGCUGUCCUUUAUUUGGCACAAGGUGUAUUUGGCGAGUGUGACAUGGAAGCAGAGGUCCUGCAUUGGUCUCGGCACAAUAACUUCCUGUUGUACCAGAUGGGGACUUUCUCAGCCUUCCUGGAGCUGCUGAACAUGGAGAUAGAGAACAGCCAGGCUUGCAGCAGUGCCCUGAGGAAACCAGCCAUCUCCUUAGCGGAUAGCACGGAGCUCAGGGUGCUGCUGAGUGUCAUGUACCUGUUGGUGGAGAACUUCCGUGUGGAGGCGGAGGCUGACCCACCUGAGUGGAAGAGCUCCCGGGAGACCUUCAGGACAGAGCUGAGUUUUCCUGUGCACAGCGAAGAACCGUUUGCUCUGUUGCUCUUCACCAUGGUGGCCAAGUUCUGCAGUGGGCACGCACCCCACUUCCCCAUGAAGAAGGUCCUGCUCCUGCUGUGGAAGGUGCUUCUGUUCACCCUGGGGGGAUUUGAGGCCCUCCAGGCCAUGAAAACGAAGAAGCGGGAGGAGCUGGGCCUGCCACCUCUCCCGGAGGACAGCAUCCAAGUCAUGCGCCGCAUGCGGGCUGCAUCCCCUCCCACCUACACCAUCGAACUCCUGGACCAGCAGUCGUCGAAACGCGGGCACCGGAGCAGGCGGCCCCUGGUGAAGCAAGACAGCCUGGACAUCUAUAAUGAGAGGGACCCUUUCAAGAAUGAUGAGGCAGGAGUGGAUGAAGAGGAAAAUGAUGACGUAGACAGCGGGAUUGAAGGGGAGCUGGACCUGAUAGAGCGGGAUGCGAUCAUCCAGGCUGGGCCAGCUCAGCGCCCACCCAUUGAGCGGGUGUCCUUCCCCAAGGGGCUUCCAUGGGCACCCAAAGUCAGACAGAAGGACAUUGAGCAUUUCCUGGAGGCAAGUAGGAACAAAUUCAUUGGAUUCACCCUCGGACAGGACACGGAUACCUUAGUAGGGUUGCCCCGGCCCAUCCAUGAAAGCGUGAAGACUCUAAAGCAGCACAAGUAUGUCUCUAUCUCAGAUGUUCAGAUCAAAAAUGAAGAGGAGCUGGAGAAGUGUCCCAUGUCACUGGGGGAGGAGGAAGUUCAGGAGACCCCCUGUGAGAUGCUUUAUCGGGCAAUGUUAUACAACCUCCCCCAGUAUAUGAUUGCUUUGCUGAAGAUUCUCCUGGCUGCAGCGCCCACUUCCAAAGCCAAGACCGACUCCAUCAACAUCCUGGCGGACGUGUUGCCCGAGGAGAUGCCCAUCACGGUUCUUCAGAGCAUGAAAUUGGGGGUCGAUGUGAACAGACACAAAGAGAUCAUCGUGAAGAGCAUUUCAGCCUCGCUGCUGCUGCUGCUGAAGCAUUUCAAACUGAACCACAUCUACCAGUUUGAGUACGUGUCUCAGCACUUGGUGUUUGCCAACUGCAUCCCACUGAUCCUGAAGUUCUUCAACCAGAAUAUCAUGUCCUACAUCACUGCCAAAAACAGCAUCUCUGUCCUGGAUUAUCCACACUGCACAGUCCAUGAGCUGCCUGAGCUCACUGCCGAAAGCCUGGAAGCUGGGGACAACAACCAGUUCUGCUGGAGGAACCUGUUCUCCUGUAUUAACCUGCUGAGGCUCCUCAACAAGCUGACCAAGUGGAAACAUUCUAGGACAAUGAUGCUGGUGGUUUUUAAAUCCGCCCCGAUCCUGAAACGUGCUCUGAAAGCGAAGCAGGCCAUGAUGCAGCUGUAUGUGCUGAAGCUCUUGAAGAUCCAGACCAAGUACCUUGGGCGCCAGUGGAGAAAGAGCAACAUGAAAACGAUGUCUGCCAUUUACCAGAAAGUGCGUCACCGCAUGAACGAUGACUGGGCUUAUGGCAACGAUAUUGAUGCCAGACCAUGGGAUUUCCAAGCAGAAGAAUGCACGCUAAGAGCCAACAUUGAAGCCUUUAAUAGCCGGAGAUAUGAUAAAUCUCAGGACUCAGAGUUUGCACCGGUGGACAAUUGCUUGCAGAGUGUUCUGGGGCAACGGCUGGAGCUCCCUGAAGAUUUCCAUUACUCCUAUGAACUCUGGCUAGAAAGAGAGGUGUUUUCUCAGCCAAUCCGCUGGGAAGAGUUGCUACAUUAUCAGUGACAAUGACAGGAUUACCUGAACCAAAUACAAUCUCAGCAAGGCUCUGAGGUGCUACUUCCUGGGGAAGGGAGAGGUCUCUCUCUGACUAGGGGUUCUGAAGUCUGGCAAAACAUCUCCCUUACAAGAAUUGAAUUUUUAUAACUAUUCAGACACCCUAAAGUGUGGUGUCCCCCUCUUUUAGAGACCUUCCCUUUCCUCCAAUCUUUUAGAGACCAUCUAAUGUAAACAGACCUGCACGUAGAGGUUGAGGGCCAAAUUCUGAUGUUACACUGGUGACAAUCUAGAAAAACUCGACUGACAUCAGUGGAGUUUACUCCAGGUUUACACCAAUAUAAUGGAAACCAGAAUCUGGUUCUGAGUAUCUUAACUUCUUUCUUAGCGUUGUUCAUGUAUGAUAAGCUUGCUACGUUUCUAUACUGUGAAAGGUCUUUGCCUUGCCUGACUUCCCUGCCCUGUGCCAGGUAUACAGAACACGUUUCACUUAUUCAGCUUGGAACGUCGCCUGAGAGAUGAUUAGACAUCCCAUAUUUGACCAUCUCAGCAGAGGCUACAGACUGAAUAAGCCAAUGGAAACGGAACUACCAGUGCUGCUGCUUGCGUUGUGUAACCUAGGACUUUGGUUUCCAGAGCUGGCAGUCUUGCAUCUUUCACUACACCUGUGAAUCCAGCACUUUCCUCCCUCAUUACAUUCAUUUAACUUUGUAUUGAACAGUGAGGUGUCUAUGAUAUACAAGCCUAGCCGGAAAGGAGUUAGACAGGCUGCGAUCUGCUCUACUUAAUAUUUCGAUGAGCCUGGACUUAUUUGACUAGACGUUACCAACCUAAACUGCUAAAGGUGCCGUGUAAGAGAUUCUCUUUCUCAUCUGCUGUAGGUGCCCAGUUAAUUUACAAUGAUUUUUUUUUUCUCCUUCUAGAACCAUGCAGAGAAGAGAGGGCAGCAGGGCCAUUUUUAUGAAGUGCAAUUACUGUAACCUGUUAGAUUUCUGCUUAGGUCUUUCCGUUGCUCUGUAAUAUGUCUAGCCCUGUAAGUGAUAGUAAAGGCAGUGUCUUGCUGAAAGGGACCCUUCUGACUUUUUGAGACACAGGAAUUUGUUUGGUGUUGGGAGGCUAUUCUUUGUGCUCUGUCCUAAAACGGUGUGUGAGUGUGGGCAAGGGAAUAGCAUUUCUGUGCUGAGGGAAGAGAAUAGUGAACUGUAUAGCCUAUAGCUUUGUAGUGGUGCGUGAGAAUUUAGGUGUGAGACUUCUACAACUUGGAAAGUUUAGGGCUUAGUAUAAUGUUCAGGUAUAGUCUCCCUUUGCAUGGGUAUAACAACCGAGAGUCGCUUACGUGUCAGGAUAAAAUCAUUUGUCCAGUAUAUUAAGGUCAGUGGCUAAACCACUGAAUGAGAUUUGGCUCUUGGCAUGGUGUAUGCACUGUGAAAACCCAUGACAGUCAGUAGGAGAUCUUGCGAGAGAGAGAGAUAUAAAAGCAGGAUGGGUUUUUGAAAGCAACAUUGAAGGUCUAGUGGCAGUGCCUACAUGCUGUGAGUUUUCCCAUCAGCAUUGGCAGCCAAGGCCUCAGAACAAUCUUGGGUUUUACCUUUUUUGUUUGUUCUUCCUGAACACAGGAAUUCAGCUUUUGUAGAAGCAGCACGUGUUAGUAUAUUGCAGGCAAAACUUCAUCAUUUAGACUGUAGUUGUGCUAGCCACAUCUCAAGGGCACAUGUGAUAAGGCCACAAGUAUUUGUUAUGCCAGCAUCGGCGUUCAUUACAACGGAACGAGGCUGAGAACAGUUCUUAAUGUGGUUUGCAUGAUAAGGCAUUUUUCAAAGAAAUGGCAAUAGUAAAUCUGUUCACUUCUUAAACACAUGUGAAAAAUAAAGCAGAGUGACUUCUCCGGUGUGCGCAUUUCCUCAAAUUAAGGUGCCGGAAGAAAAGUUGCUAAUGUUCUUUGUAAAAAUUCCAGGCUUGUUCAGUUGUCCCCUCAGUUACCUGAACUCUGAUCUCUCUGCUUCAGAUCUCCCAACGCUGCACAGGCCUUAUGCUACACCAUGAGAUGGUGGAUGUUUUAUUCUGAUGUGUCUGUGGAGACCAAAACAAACAAAAGAGUUGAAAAACAAUAGAAUUAUUUAAUGUAGGUGGCCCUCCAGUGUCUGUGCCUUGAAAAUAAGAAUUGUCCCAACAUUAAAUAAUAAGAUGGUGGCAUAUUGUUAACUGGAAAUUUGCUAUGGAUCCAGUGGCCAGGAUGCUAGCCUGGGCCUCUGGUUGAACCUGGGUCUGCCUGGACUUCCCGUGUAACCUUGACCUUUCUCUGUUCUUCAGUCACUAAUUUGUAAAAAA